GUUGCGUCUGUCGCCCGCCUUCAUAUUCAACCCCAACCCUUCUCAUGGUCGACGUCAACACCUUCUCUCUCUCUCUCUCUGAUAUCAGAAGUCAGAGGCUGGAACCAAUCUCCCUCCUAAACAUGGCCAACUUGAUAAUUCUUAAUGUGAAAACAGAACCUACUUCUAUCGCUUUCCGGCCUUCAUUCAAUAAAAGUAUAUCCACCUGCGUCAUCUGCAAUUCACCUCUAAAACACUUCGUCAAUCUCUCCUAAAGACUAUUUCUUUUCUCUCCAUGAAUAUCCUUUAAACAUGGAUGCCCAUCUCUCUCUAUCUUCCCUUCUCAUCACCCUCUCCUUCUUCUCAACUGUAACACCUCCAUCUCACUGCAUCGAGGAUGAUCCCUUCCUUGCUUGCAGUCGUCCCUACCAGUGUGGAAACCUCACAAACUUCUCUUUCCCUUUCUGGGGAGGUGCUCGGCCUCAGUAUUGCGGCUACGGAGGAUACGAGCUCGAGUGCCGGAACGAUUCGUACGCGGUUAUGAAAUUUGAAGAGCUUGAAUUCCGGGUUCUGAACAUCAACCAAUCUGCUCAUAGCAUGUCCAUUGUAAGAAUGGAUCUCUGGGACAUCCAAUAUUCUUGUCCCCGAAAGUUCGUCAACACCGCUCUGAACUACACUUUGUUUUAUUACGAUCCUCAAACGGUUCAGAACCUAACUUUAGUCUACAACUGCUCUUCUCAAGUGAAUACAUCGGAAGAGAAAAGGUUUAUGUGCGGUUCAGAAGGUGGCGAUAGAUAUAAUUAUACUUACUAUUUAGACGAAACCAACCAUACAGAAGUUGCGAAAUGCCGUUCUAAUAUCAAAGUUCCCAUUCUCCGGCGGGGUGGUGCUGCUCUUUCUGGUCAGGACCCUCAAGAAAGAGGAAACCAGACACUUCAGAGCGUGUUGAAUGAAGGGUUUGAGGUGAGAUACCGUUUUCCGAUGCCUUUUGUAUGUGGGGAGUGUGAGAAAUCCGGUGGGAGCUGCGGCUCUAACAGUACUGGGCCGUUUGUCUGCUUUUGCCGUGGUGAAGUGAACUCUGUUAUCAUGUGUCCAAGAGCCGAUCAGAAAAAGGAUUGGGGGCUGAAGGCUGGUAUAGGUGCUGGCACAGCUGCUGUAACCGUGGUUAUAAUGUGUAUAAUCUUCUGUAUCUAUCAACAACACAAAAAGAAGAAAUAUGUGCCCUCAUCCUUGAGAUCUCCAAACGCCUCUUCUUAUCCAUCUUCAACAGUAGAUUCUGAGAUGGUAAGUACCUACUUUGGAGUUCAUCUCUUUAGCUACACUGAGCUUGAGGAAGCCACCAACAAUUUUGAUUCAGACAAAGAACUCGGAGAUGGUGGAUUUGGUACCGUAUACUAUGGCAAGCUUCGAGAUGGGCGUGCUGUUGCAGUCAAGCGUUUGUAUGAAAACAACUGGAAGAGAGCUGAGCAAUUCAUGAACGAAGUUGUCAUCCUUACUCGCCUACAUCACCAAAAUCUCGUCUCCCUUUACGGCUGCACCUCUCACCGCAGCCGUGAACUCGUGCUUGUCUAUGAAUACAUUCCCAAUGGCACCGUCGCCGAUCAUCUUCACGGCGAACGCGCAAAGCCUGGUGCACUGCCCUGGUCUACACGAAUGAACAUCGCCAUAGAGACUGCAAGCGCUUUGGUAUAUCUACAUGCAUCUGACAUCAUCCACCGUGACGUAAAAACAAACAAUAUUCUCCUCGACAACAAUUUUUGUGUCAAAGUUGCAGAUUUUGGGCUGUCUCGUCUCUUUCCAACGCAUGCCACCCAUGUUUCUACUGCUCCACAAGGGACUCCUGGAUAUGUCGACCCAGAGUACAACGAAUGCUACCGGCUUACCGACAAGAGUGAUGUAUUUAGCUUCGGGGUGGUCUUGAUUGAGCUUAUUUCAUCCAUGCCUGCAGUUGACAUCACACGACAUCGAGAGGAAAUCAAUCUGUCAAACAUGGCUAUCAACAAGAUCCAAAACCACACAUUACACGAGAUUGUCGAUCCAUCUCUUGGGUUUGAAUCAGAUUACAGUGUAAGGAGAAUGAUAUUAGCUGUGGCGGAGUUGGCAUUUCAGUGUCUGCAACAUGCCAAGGAAAUGAGACCAUCCAUGGCAAAGUUGCUGGAAACACUAAAAGAGAUACAAAAUAAGGAUUGCAGUAAACAUGACAAGGUGGAAAAUCAGUUAGAUAUAUCUGCAGAUGAUGAAAUUGUGUUGUUGAAGAGGCAACACUCACUGCCAGUUUCUCCAGAUUCUGCUCUGAAUUGGAUUAGCACCUCUUCAGGAUCAACUCGCAGUACUUAAAUUACACUCCAUUUUUCAGGAAAAAAAAAAUGGUUCUGCACAAGUAAAUCUGCUAAAAAAUGAUAUCUUGAUUGAGGGUAAGAGAUGUGUGUAUAUAUAUAUAUAUAUUAUGUAAGAGCUGUCAUGGGUUUAUUUGGGUCCAUGUUUUCGCAAGUAGAUUGAUUUAUUCUUUUCUGCUAACCAAGAGAAGCGUGCCAAUAGAAAAUAUCCUAUUUUGUUUUA